AUGACCGUGCAAAAUCCAUCCUACGUCCUUGUGACAGGAGCAACUGGCUUCAUUGGCGCCCAUGUCGUCGACAAUCUGCUAGCCAAGGGCUUGAAAGUUCGAGGCUCAACGCGGUCAAUUAAUAAAGGCGAAGAAAUGAAGGCCGCACGGCCCCAAUACGCCGACAAGCUCGACUUCGUCGUCGUGGAAGACUUCACCAAGAUUGGCGUUUUCGACUCCGCAAUGGAGGGCAUUGAUGCCGUGAUCCACGUCGCCAGCCCCUUCUUCUACAACACAACAAACAACGAAGAAGAACUAAUCCUCCCCGCCAUCAACGGCGUGAAAUCCAUCCUCACAGCCUCAGCCAAGCCCGGCACAAAUGUCAAGCGCAUAGUCCUAACAUCAUCCUUCGCCUCAAUCCUCGAUGUCAACAGUAACCCAACUCCCGACUUUACCUACACUGCCCAGCACUGGAACCCACUCACCUAUGAAGAAGCCGCAGCCCCAACCGCCACAUCGGUCAUAGCCUACCGCGCGUCCAAGAAAUAUGCUGAACUAGCAGCGUGGGACUUCAUCAAGACCGAAAAGCCACUCUUCGACCUGGUCACCCUCUGCCCGCCCAUGGUCUUUGGACCCGUCGUCCACCCUGUGGCUAAUAUCGCUUCACUCAAUGAGUCAAAUGCUGGUCUUUGGAGCGUGGCAGCUGGCGCGGACCCGCUACCCGGCGCUCGUGUCCCUGCGUGGAUCGAUGCGCGCGAUCUUGCUGAAGCGCACGUACAAGCCCUGCUGAGACCCGAGGCGGGCGGCAAGCGAUUCUUGCCUGCUGCUUUCGACCCGUUUUCCUAUGAGUAUGCGGCAGAUAUCAUUAAGGGCGAGUUCGAGUGGGCGAGGGGUGUUGUUACGGAGAAUUAUGUUUCGGGUACGAAGCCAAGUUUCCCGUAUGGUGUUGAUGGGCAGACGGUGGCGGAUGAGUUGGGGGUGAACUAUCGCAGCUUUAAGGAGACUGUUGUUGAUUUUGUUGGGCAGAUUAAGGAUACGUUGGCAUGA